CUCUGGUCAGCGUGGACCUAGUCCCAGCUGUUUAUUUCUACUCCGGGCCUUCAUCUCUCUUUGACAUUUUAAUCAUUGCCCAGUAUUUUGAUCGAUUUACCAUUGCGAGCGGCUGCAAGCAUCCCCAGCCAUGCCUGUCGUCAAAGGAGGUGUCUGGACGAAUAUUGAGGAUGAGGUGCUUAGGGCGGCGGUUUCCAAGUACGGUCUGAACCAGUGGGCGCGCGUGUCCUCGCUGUUAGCACGGAAGACCCCGAAACAAUGCAAGGCGCGAUGGGUGGAGUGGCUGGAUCCCGGCAUCCGCAAGGUCGAGUGGUCGAGGGAGGAGGAUGAGAAGCUGCUGCAUUUGGCCAAGCUGAUGCCGACACAAUGGCGUACAAUCGCACCUAUCGUGGGGCGCACAGCUACACAAUGCUUGGAACGCUAUCAGAAGUUGCUGGACGAAGCAGAGGCCCGUGAGAAUGAUGAGCUGGGACUCGGAGGCCCCGGUGAAGAGUCGGCAGCUCCAAGUGCGGACGAUGUGCGGCGGCUAAGACCCGGAGAGUUGGACCCCGACCCGGAAUCGAAACCCGCUCGUCCUGACACAAUCGACCUCGACGAAGAUGAGAAGGAAAUGCUGAGUGAGGCUCGAGCUCGUCUGGCGAACACACAGGGAAAGAAGGCCAAGCGCAAGGCCAGAGAACGGCAGCUGGAAGAGUCGCGACGACUCGCAGUGCUUCAGAAACGACGUGAACUCAAGAAUGCUGGCAUUAACAUCAAGGUCGUUACUCGCAAGAAGGGCGAAAUGGAUUACAACGCCGAUAUCCCGUUUGAGAAGCCGGCAGCACCUGGAUUUUACGAUACUCUGGAUGAAGAGGCUCGGAAUGAGAGGCAACGAGAAAUGUUCGACCCCCGCAAACAACAGCUCGCCAACAAGCGCAAAGGCGAUCAAGACGACGAUGCGGAACGAAAGAAGAGGAAGAACGACAAGAACAGCAACUCUGCCGCGUUCGCCGCCGCCGCCCGCGCUGGUCAGAUGCAAAAGAUCCGAGAAGCAGAGCAGAGCAGCAAGAGGAGAGGGCUUGUCCUUCCAGCCCCUCAAGUCAGCGAGGGCGAAAUGGAGGAUAUUAUCAAGAUGGGCAUGGCAGGUGACAGAGCUAGUAAGCUGGCAGGCGAUGAGGAGGGAGCUCGGGGCUUGCUUGGAAACUACACUGCCAUGGUCGGUGGGACUCCGAUCAGGACACCUCGGGCGCCCCCGGAGGAAGAUCACAUCGCCAAUGAAAUCCGCAACAUAAGAGCCUUGACUGAAACACAAUCAUCGUUACUGGGAGGAGAGAACACCCCUCUGCACGAGGGAGGGUCUUCUACCGGAUUCGACGGGAUUGCUCCUCGGCGCCAGGAGAUUGUCACACCGAACCCCAUGGCCACUCCUUUCCGACAGGGCAACGGCGUUGGCGCGACACCUAUGAGGGGUGGUGUCGGACCUGGUGCUACUCCUUUGCGAACCCCUCGAGACCACUUUGCUCUCAACCAGGCUGAUGGGCAGCUGAUCGGGAGCACGCCCAGAGAUAUCAAGAUGCACGAGAAGUUCGAGCGCCAAAGCAUCCGUGGCAAGCUGGCUGCUCUACCAAAGCCCAAAGAAACGGAAUGGGAACUGGAAGAGCUCCCGAGCGAAUCCGCAGAGCCAGCUGCAGCGGCCGAGUACACAGAAGAGGACUCAGCUGAGCGCGAUAGGAGAGAAAAGGAGGCUAGAGAGCGUGCUGCAGAAGCCGAGCGCAAGCGUCAGAGCCAAGUAUACCAGCGAUCCCUACCCCGGCCAAGCGUGCUUGACAUCGAUGCGCUGAUGGAUCGGGUGUCUCACGUAACGGAUCCCAUCGCGAAAUUGGUGGCUAAAGAAGCCGCUCUUCUUAUCGCCCACGACGCCCGCAGAUUCCCUGUCCCUGGAGCCAAGGUUGAAGGCAAGGCCCGGAAGUUGGAACAGUACGAUGACUCUCUCCUUGCCCAGGCUCGUGCAGCUAUUGCGGCGGAAGCUGCCGCGUCCGAAAAGCAGCAGGAAUGGCAGGAGAACUUUGACGAGCAAUGGUCGUCGAAGCACUCCACUACACUCCCCGGUCUCUCCAACUACGCCGAUGACGAAGAAGAGGAUGUAUACCAACAGGAACAGCGGAUGAUUGGCGCCUUCGACAAUGUACAGGCCUCCCUACUUGCCACCGCGGAGCGGGGGAACAAGCUUGAGAAAAAGCUUGCUCUACACUACGGGGGUUACCAGAACCGUGCGAAGGUGCUUCGAACCAAAAUUGUCGAGGCCAACACAGCUUUCGAGAAGACCCGCGAUGAGCUGGAUGCCUUCCGUACUCUGCAGAUCUCCGAGGAAUCCGCGAUCUCCCGAAGACUGGAAAAGCUGAGGGACGACGUGGCCUUCGUCAUGCGCAGAGAGCGUGAAGCCCAAGAGGUCUAUCGGACCAGGAAGGAGGAGCUCGAGGAGCUGGUCGCCGGAACCGGGGGGAUGGUGAAUGGGGACGAGGCCACCGGCACCCCGGACCCCGUUGAGAAGGGGUUCGCCACCCUCAACACCAUCCGGAUCGGUAUGAAGGCCAUGGUGCAGAAGGAUGGGGAACUUCGGAAGGCGGAAAUUCUGUCCAUUAAGCAGCGGAAGGAUGGGACUGCAUUCUACGUCCACUAUGUCGAUUUCAACAAGCGUCUUGAUGAAUGGGUUGACUCCGCGAGGAUUGACCUUUCUCAUGAGGUCGAAUGGCCCCAGCCAGAGAAACCAGAGAAGAAGAAGGCCGGCCCCAGCAAUAAAGCGCCCAGCAAGAACACCCAGAAGCGUGCUCGAGCCGAAAGCCGUGAUGUAUCGGCCACCCCGGACCUUCUCACGGGUAAGAACACCAACGUCGGCAAAGCCCAGCGUCUAUCCAAGGCCGGCGGGAAGGAGAAUCGCGGCGACGAGACCCCCGUGAACCUCUCCAUCGGGGGAUCCGAAGCCGUGUCCGCCGAUGGAACCCCCAAGAACGAAUCCGACGACGUCGACAUGAUCGACGUCAGCUUCACCAAGGAUGCAAAAGAGGAAGAGAAGGAGCUCAUGUCCCGCGAGGAAGAGAUCGAAAGACUGCGCACAAGCGGUAGUAUGACCCAGAACCCGACGGAAAUCCACCGCGUGCGCAACCUGACCCGUCUCCAAAUGGGGAAAUUCGACGUCGAGCCGUGGUACUUCUCGCCAUACCCGCCGUCAUUCUCCGACGCGGACACCGUCUACAUCGACGAGUUCUGUCUGGGGUACUUCAACAACAAGCGCUCCUUCGAGCGCCACCGGUCCAAGUGCACGCUCGUGCACCCGCCCGGCAACGAGAUCUACCGGGACGACUACAUUUCCUUCUUCGAGGUCGACGGAAGACGCCAACGCACCUGGUGUCGAAACCUUUGUCUUCUCAGCAAGCUGUUCCUAGACCACAAGACCCUCUACUACGACGUCGACCCCUUCCUUUUCUACUGCAUGUGCAGCCGCGACGAAACAGGCUGCCAUCUGGUCGGGUACUUCUCCAAGGAAAAGGACUCCGCGGAGGGCUACAACCUCGCUUGUAUCCUGACUCUCCCCCAGUACCAGCGUCGUGGCUACGGCCGUCUCCUCAUCUCCUUCAGUUACGAGCUGAGCAAGCGCGAAGGAAGACUCGGGUCCCCCGAGAAACCACUCAGUGAUCUCGGUCUACUCGGCUACCGACAGUACUGGCGUGAAACGUUGGUCGAGUUGCUCAUGGAAACCGGCCGGGAGUCCAUCAGCGAACAUGAUCUUUCGAUGCUCACAUCCAUGACGGAGAAAGACGUCCACGAGACAUUGGUCGUUUUCAAUAUGCUCAGAUAUCAUAAAGCAAACUGGACCAUCGUCCUAACGGACCAAGUCGUCGAAGAACACAAGAAACGCCUCGAGAAAGAAAAAAUAAAAGGCGCUCGCAAAAUCGAUCCCGCCCGUCUGCAAUGGAAACCGCCCGUCUUCACUGCCUCAUCCCGUACAUGGAACUGGUAAAGAAACCGCCAAUAAACAUGUAUGUAUGCGGUUGUGUUUUUUGCGUGUGUGCGAAGUGAAGUUAAUGCGGAGGACGACGACGACGGCGACGGCGACGAGAAGAUUGAUACCCAAACUGGAUGGAGUCAUUGCUUUCUUUUUCCUUCCUUCCUUUCUUUCUUUCUUUCCUUCCUUCUUUUGACUUGGUACUUUGGUUCUGUUCUGAUGGUGUGUCGGGACUGGGAGUUGAUUGUGCACAACUCACUCUUGUUGCUGUUGGUUGGUUGGUUGGUUAGCUGGUGGGUUCAUAUUAAUUAGCAUGGGUUAGCAGGGUUGGUGUUCCGUAUAAUUAUCAUUGUAUCUUGGAGGGUUGCAGUUUAGACCAAAUGAAUUACUACUACCUAG